AUGACAGGGAAUAAAAUGUUGGGUAAAACCGGUCUGAUUGUCUGUUCCAACCCCAAUAAAAUAGGUAAGAUUUUAUCCACUGUUAAAAACAACGUCAAAAACACUCUGUAUAUACAAUUGUUGUCCGCUUUGGGCGAACCUUUGGGUAGUUUUUAUCCCAACGUUUUCAACACCUGGCCCAAAUUUAGUCAAACUGUUUUUGGAAUUUAUUCACAGGCUGCCACACAUUGCAAAGACUUGGAUGUGAGGGUUUUAUUAUCUGGCUUAAAGUACAACAUUUCUACUAUACAAACACACUAUCCGGUUGAUCUGAUCAUCUUCGACAAACCGUACAGUAAACCAGAUAUAGACAAUUUUAUUAGUAAAAGAAUCAGUAACUUCUCCAAAAAUGGUAACAUAUUAACUGUUGAUGCUGGUGAAUUGGAACCAGCCAAACUUACAGGUACAGACAAUGAUCAAGUGUUUAAACAUACUGUUUUGGGUGGCACUUUCGAUAGGUUGCAUUUGGCUCACAAAGUUUUACUUAGUGAGGCUAUAUUAAGGGCCAAAGAGACUAUUACUGUUGGUGUUACUGAAGAAAACAUGAUAAAAACAAAGACAUUAUGGGAACUGAUUCAGCCAAUAGAUAUAAGGAUAGAAAACGUGGUGAAUUUUCUGAAAGACGUUUGUCCAGAACUCCAGUAUAAUGUAGUUCCUAUUUCUGAUCCAUUCGGACCUGCAAUAACUGACCCUACAAUGGAAUUAAUUGUUGUUAGUGCAGAAACUUUAAGAGGAGGCCUAAAAAUUAAUGAAAUUAGAAAAGAAAAAAAUCUGCCAGAGCUUGUUGUAAAACCUAUCGAACUGGUAGAUGAACCAAACCCAAACCCUGUAGAAGAAUCUAAAAUCAGUUCAAGUACACAAAGAAUGAGACUUUUAGGCACACUCUUAAACCCAAUACAACUGAAAAACAUUCCCAAAUCACCUUACAUUAUUGGACUUACAGGCGGAAUUGCAAGUGGCAAAUCCAACGUUGCAAAUGAAUUGAGUGAACUGGGCGCGGAGAUAAUUAAUUGCGAUAUUGUAGCUCAUCAAGUUUACAAACGGGGGAAGCCAUGCUACGAACAACUAAUCGAACAUUUCGGUGAGAAAAUAGUAGGAACUGAUGGUGAAAUCGACCGCAAAGUUCUCGGUCCGAUCGUAUUUCAGGAUGCUAAACAAUUGGAGGCUUUGAAUUCGAUUGUCUGGCCCGGAAUUGAGGAGGAGGUGAAGGAAAUCAUUCGGAAGUCUGACAAGAAAGUUAUUGUUAUUGAAGCAGCUGUCUUAUUGAUGGCUGGUUGGGAAAGAAUCUGCCAUGAAGUUUGGACAACUGUUGUGCCCAGGACGGAAGCUAUAGAACGGCUAAAAAAUAGGAACAAUUUAACGGAAGAACAAGCAAACAACCGUAUUGAUUCACAGCCGUGCAAUUCGAAGUAUGUUCAGAGUUCGAAUGUCGUUUUUUGUUCACUAUGGACGAAGGAAUAUACUAAACAACAAGUUACACGUGCUUGGCAGUUACUGGAACAAAGAAUUAAACAUUUAUGAUGUUUAAAUUUUUAGAUUUUUAUGUAAAUAUGUGCACAUGAGAUGUUUUUAAAAGAUCAUUGUUGUCUAAGUCAAAUCGGGGCAUUUAAACAAGUUCUAAGGAACAUUUUGUAGAUAUAUUGGAAAUAUAUGUUUUUUACUUUU